CGCAAGCUUAUAUGGACUACAACCGAUACCUACUCACCCACACCCACCCACACCCACACUCUCAGCCAAAAGCACUUUCAUCUCAUGAAAAAGCCCUUGCAAUUCGACAACAAUCACUACCUUCCAAUCAUCCUGAUUUGGGUGAUUCCUAUAACAAUAUCGGUAAUUUGUAUAGACACGUGGGGAAUUAUUCAAAAGCAGUUUCAUCUCAUGAAGAAGCUCUUGCAGUUCAACGAAAAUCGCUUCUUUCUAAUCAUCCUGAUUUGGGUGGUUCCUAUAACAACAUCGGUUUUGUGUAUUAUUAUAUGGGUGAUUAUCCAACAGCAAUGUUAUGCUAUGAAAAAGCUGUUGCAAUUCAACAACAAUCACUUCCUUCCAAUCAUCCUCAUUUUGCCAAGUCCUAUAACAGAAUCGGUAUGAUAAAUGACAACAUGGGUGAUUAUCCAAAAUCACUUUCUUAUCAUAAGAAAGAUUUUGCAAUCCUACAACAGUCAUUUCCUUCCAAUCAUCCUAGUUUGGGUGCGUCCUACAACAACAUGGGUUUGAUGUAUGAGAAUAUGGACAACUAUUCAAAAGCCCAUUCAUUUUAUGAGCGUGCUGUACUAGUUGGACAACAAUCAUUACCAACAAAUCAUCCUAACCUUCAACAAUGGAGAAAAAAUCUCGAAAACAUAGAAAAGAAAUUAUAA